AUGACCGCGGCUCCUGAAAUGGACUCCCUGCUUUGCCAGUUAAAAGGGUUCGUCCGUGCUGAGGUCGCUCGUCAGCUUUCCCUGCGGUCCUCAGCCACGCCACCACCUUCGAUUUUGCCGGCCAACCUUCGCCAGGUCACCCACGAGCAAGUGUGCGCAGCUCUCCCUUCUGACCGCGAGACCCCGCCUGUGCCGACUCCCGUUGCUUUUCCCGAGUUGACUGCACCUCUCAGCUAUGCCGAGGCUCUCGCGCGGCCACCACCUCCGACCUUUGCGCCAUCCCCACCGGUCGUGCCACUGUGCCCACCUCACUUCGUUCAGCCUCGUGACAAUGCCACAAGGUUCCCGCUCAGCAUGUCUCUGGUCCACUCCAACCAAUCUCCAUUGAGGCCUUCUAGUUCUCCGUCAACUGCCAACUGUGACUACUCAAAGCAAGAAUGCCUCCACCGAUGUCACCUAUGUGACUAUGAGGCUGAUGAACUGUUUCAUCUGGAAGCACAUGCCAACGUCCAUACUGGCGAGAAGCCAUUUCAGUGCCCUUCAUGUCAUAGGAGCUUGUCAAACAGAUACAACUUAAACGUCCACUUGCGCACCCAGGCAAGCGAUAAGCCAUUUGAGUGUUCUCGAUGCCCUCAGAGCUUCUCACAAAAGUGCAACCUCAAAGACCACCUGCGUACCCACACAGGUGAGAAGCCAUAUCAGUGUCCUUCAUGCUCUCGGAGCUUCACAUACAAGGCUAAACUGAAAGUUCACCUGCGUACCCACACAGGCGAUAAGCCAUUUGUGUGCCCUUCAUGCUGUCAGAGCUUUUCACAACAGGCCUAUUUGAAAGCCCACCUGCGUACCCACACAGGCGAGAAGCCAUAUCAGUGCCCUUCAUGCUCUCAGAGCUUCACACGCCAGUCUAGCCUCAAAAUCCACCUGCGCACCCAUACAGGUGAGAAGCCAUAUCAGUGCCCUUCAUGCUCUCAAGGAUACAGAAGGAGAUAUGACUUAAAGUGCCACCUGCGCACCCACACGGGCGAGAAGCCAUUUGAGUGCCCUUCAUGCUCUCAGAGCUUUUCACAACAGGCCCACUUGAAAGCCCACCUGCGCACCCACACAGGCGAUAAGCCAUUUGAGUGCCCUUCAUGCUCUCAGAGCUUUUCACAACAGGCCCAUUUGAAAGCCCACCUGCGCACCCACACAGGUGAGAAGCCAUUUGAGUGUCCUUCAUGCUCUCAGAGCUUCGCACGCAAGUCUACUCUCAAAGUCCACCUGCGCACCCAUACAGGUGAGAAGCCACAUCAGUGCCCUUCAUGCUCUCAAAGCUUCAAAAUGAGAUAUGACUUAAAGUGCCACCUGCGCACCCACACAGGUGAGAAGCCAUAUCAGUGCCCUUCAUGCUCUCGGGGCUUCAAAAAGAGAUAUGGCUUAAAGCGCCACCUGCGCACCCACACAGGCGAGAAGCCAUUUGAGUGUGCUCUUUAUGCUCUCAAGAGCUUCUCACAGCAGGCCCACCUGAAAGUCCACCUGCGCACCCACACAGGUGAGAAGCCAUAUCCGUGCCAUUCAUGCUCUCAGAGCUUCUUCCAAAAGGUCCACCUUGAGACACAUGAAGCAAGAAGCCAUUUCAAGCCCAAUAAUGCCUUCAGAGAUUGUCGUUGAAGAAUGCCCCCAAGACACACGAGCUCAUUCAUGCAGGUGACCGGCCGUAUAGUUGUAACGUCUGCUCCAGGUCCCUUACACAGUCUCAUAAGUGAACAGUCAUAAGGGAUCACAGCACCAUGAUACUCUAGGGUAGGUCAAGAACGAUGUUGAAUGGGAAUCUGAAUUGUAAAUCUACAAAUGUGUAGAAUGUCGCAUACUGUUCUACUGCAUGAGGUAGCACAAAUGUUUCCAUGUGCUCAUAAAGGGAAGGCUUGAACUCGGGCCCAACUCUGAUACAUGUAAAAUGCUGGAACACUUUUCUGAGAUAACUACUGGACCAAUUAUUUGGAAAUUUGUUGCUUUUGAGACAAAAAGAUAAAUUCUAGUGGGUGCUGGACGCAGAAUCUUGAUUUAAGGCCUUUAUGUUAUAAUAUCAAUUUACAAAGAUUUGAAAAAAAUUGAAACGAGAAGUUAAUAAAUUCGCAGCUCUGCACCUAGAAUAGUUAUCGUAGUUCUGUAAACUGCAUAUGGUAGAUAAUCAAAAGCGGAGAAAUUUGAUGUAUCAAUUUAUAUCUUUCGUCAACUUGUUACAUUGUGUAUGACGUUUUUUUCAAAGUCCUACUCACAUAUUAGUGCUA